GCCGGAAUUUCCGGUGAGGGGAGGUGGAAGGUCGCCCUGUUGCCAGGGGAACCGCUCUGGCUGAGGGACGCUCUUGUGUUGGGGAGGGCGGCUCAUUCCCGAGUGACAGCAAUGGGCGAGAGAACCUACAAUCCCUCAGUGCUGCUGCACAACUGGUUCGAGGAUCUGGCCUUGGAUCAGGAUGUUAUUAAAGACUUCAUUGCGAAGAAAGAACGUGGGGAGCUUUUGAUCCAAAAGAUGGGAUCUUACCGAGAAGCUCUACUUGAAAAGACCGAGCUUGCCAAAAGCAGUGAUGGACAUGUUCAUUUUGGUGAUGCAGUGUUACUUAUUAAUCCUGGUACUGAAACCAAACAUGCAGCCAACAUCCAUCCACUUCGUCAGCCCAUGGCAUUGACUAUGAAUGUUGAUCAAAGUAGAUUCCUGUUAAGUACAAAGGUUGAUUCACCGUGUGAAGUGAGUGCCAGCCUGGACUUAAGCCCCACGAUUAGAAGUACUUUUGUUGUUACAAGUAUUGAUGGCAGUUGUGUUGGUGAACCUCUCCGAUAUGGACAGAGCUUUGCCCUCAGAACACUGGAAGGGGUCGCUGGGCAGCUGUACCUGACGAGUGAUACCAAGUUAUUUGUGAAGUUUGCCAAAAAAUCCCGAAUGCAGCUCGUGAAUUUAGUAGAUGAGCUCUCAUUCCUAAGUUGUUGGCAGGUCUUAUACUUGGAUCCACAGUUGCGCCUUGAAUAUGAUGGAUAUCCAGUACAAGCAAAUGUAAAAGUACUUAUCAACCAUGUCCGUACGAACCAGGCUUUAGCAGCUCUUCAGAAGUUCUCUUUCUGGACCACAUUUGGAAGAGAAUAUGAAAUCACUACCAACACCUUCUAUGAUAGCCAUCGAGCGGAAGAGGACUUGAACCACUGGGUUAUUGUCACUGGAGAUCCUGGUGUCCCACAUGGCACCUUGUUUCAUGCACUUCCUCCCCUUUGUGAGGAUGAGAAGCCAACGAAGAAGCAUAGGCAGCCUUCACCUAGCUGCUCAACCCAACCGCCCACUUGUUAAUUGACAGAGCUAGAGCUGUGGUUUCUUCUAGUCUACUGAGUAGCAAAGUCUCACUUCCUCCUCCACAUUCCCCCAGUCUACAAUUCUGCCAACAGCAUUGGCAAUUAUGAGCGUCAGUAGAAGCCAGGAGGAUCAUCAUCAAUUAGGACACAUUCUUAAAAGCUUUACGUUUCUUCAAUUUCCUGCAAAAUAUUAUAGUGUUCAUUGCUAAACUUCGCUAAUCUGAUUGAAGUGCAACAAAAAAUCGGAAUGAUAAGCAAAGAUUAAAUACUGACAAAUGUAGGCGUACAUGAUUACACUUAUUUUAAUAAAUCAACUAGUCUUUCAAGAGAAGUUUUUUGCAUUCUUCAACUUAUGAACAAUUGUACAGACAUUAAAGGAAAACAGGGCUAUGUUUGGAUCUUGACUUUGUCAACAGUAGGCUUUCAAUGAAGUCUUUUUUAUUAUUAUUUUUAGUUCAUGCACACAGACAUACGAAAUAGGAGCAAAAAUAGGCCAUUCAGCCCCUUGAGCCUGUUCUAUCCUUCAAAAAUAUUGUGGCCGAUUUGUUUGUGUUUUGAAUUCCAUGUUCUCAUCUACUCUCUAUAACGCUCAAUUCACAGGCCCAACACGAAUCUAUCCACCUGUUUUAAAUGCAGUGACCCCACCUCCACAGCCUUCUGAGGCAGAGUGUCCCAAAGUGACACAAUCCUCUGAGAGAAGAUGUUUCUCCUCAUCUCUGUCCUGAAAGUCUGAGCACUAAUUAUAAAACUGUGACCUCUAGUUCUGGACUGACACACAAGAGGAAAGAUCCAUUCAAGACUAUUCGGAAUCUUGCACACUUCAAUCAAACCACCUGCCUCUCUGCUAAACUUCAGUAGUAGUGAGCCCAACUUGUUCAACCUACCCACAGAAGACAGCCUGUAUAUUCUUGGUACCAUUCCAGUUAUCCUCCUCUAAAUCGCCUUCAAUGCAUUUACAUCUGUAAACAAGAAGACUAAAACUACACACAGUAUUUAAGAUGUAGUCGCACCAUUCUGUAUAACUGAAGUGUAACAUCCUUACUUUUAUGUUCAA